AUGAGCCUAGAAGAAAAAAUAAACAAUUAUUUGGAUCUCCGGCCGCAUCCGGACACAAAAAACUCAUAUAUCUACAGCAAAGAUCAGAAAAAAUACUCUAUGCUUUUUAUUCGCGAUUCAUCUGACGGACUAGUAGUUCAUUACUACAGAGUCCAAGUAUUCUUUAAUGCGCAAACAUACGACUUGAUGUUGCAACGUGACUCAGGAACAUUCGAAGCCCCAAACAACUACAAAGAAUUAAAAAGCCUAGGAGAAAAGUGUACCUCGAUGUUCGACAUUGAAGUUUCACCAGAAAAAGUUAACUUGAAAUUUGCAUGCCUCGAAGAGAGAUACUGCAAACACAAGCAACGAUUACCGGUUAGAUUUGUUUUGAAGAUAAUCUUCGACUUGGAUAUUAUUGAAAAGGUCCUCGAAUUUUAUGAUGUUGAUUCGAAUAAUUCUUUACUGCUAGGCGUUCCGCAGGGAGCAGUCUUGUCAGUAGCGACAAAGCGCAAUCUGAUUAAAACUUCGCUUCAAAAGAGUGUCUAUAACCGGCUUGUAGACAGAAAAACCAACCAGGUGGUAAACAUGAUUGAAAUUUUUUAUCAGCAAUUGAAGACUAAAAUCGACGUGCUGGACAAAAACACCGAAAGGUUUGAGUUGAUCCGCAGUUGCAUCCAAAACACUCAUUCGGCGUAUCACAGCCAGUAUGAAAUAGAAGUCCGAGAUGUUUUUGUAGUUAAGAAAUUCGCCGAUAGAGAAAAAUUCAAGGGGAAUCUUGGGAACAAGAAAUUACUCUGGCAUGGAACGAGAUCGAGUAACAUCGCUUCCAUUUUAAAGAAUGGUUUUAAACUCGAUGCACCCGUUGCAGGGAAAAGCGCGACCCCGAUGUUCGGAACUGGAAUCUAUUUUACUAAUACAGUUUCGAAGGCUGCUAAUUACUGCGGUGCAGGCGAUCAAACUCGGGUCCAGCGGGGAGUUCUUCUGCUUUGCGAAGUUGCUCUUGGUAACAUGAUGGUCUGUAACAAAGGCCAGAAUUAUUUGAAACUGCCGAAGGGAAAAGAUUCAGUGUAUGCCAAAGGACAACUGGCGCCGCAUAAAAAUUACAAGCAGAAGAUUUUGUAUAAUGUUGAAUUUUCUUAUGGGCCGCUUGUUGAAGUCCCGCUUCGAAAAAGGACUAGUUUGAAGCAUGACGAGUACGUUGUGUUUGAUCCAUCACAAGUUAAAAUUAGAUAUCUUAUGUGCGCCGAAAUAAAAGCAAUUAACGACUAUCUUGAUUGUUAUCAAGAUGAAAGCUUAAAAUUUUCUACUAUUUAUGCAGAUAAAAAAACCGGCAAAAAAUAUACACGAACUUUUUUUAAAAAUUUACCGGGUGGAAAAAAAUUUUAUUAUAGAGUACAAUUAUUGUCCAAAAAGAACAAUGAGUUUGUUCUCCAGCGAGACUCUGGGACUUUGAAUGUCCCUAAUAAUUUUAAGGAAUUGAAGCAGAAUUUACCAUUUCACACAUGUGUAAAAAUUUUCAAUAUCUCAGUUUUUAGGAAAAAUGUUGACUUGAAAUUUUCUUGCUUAGAAAAAAGAGAUGACAGAUAUAAAAAAAGAUUGCCGGUGCGACACUUGCUGCGCAAUAUUCUGGACUUGACAAUUGUCAAAAAGGUAUUGCAAUUUUAUAAUAUUGAUAAGGUAAAAAUGAAUUCGCUUCAAGGAAUUAACGACAGUUCCGUUGAAGCUAUUAAGUUUCAAUUAAUCGAUUCCUUGCUAAAAAAGAAUACCUAUUGUCAAUUGGUGAGCUGUAAAAAUAAUCAGGCGAUAAGCCUUCUUGAUGUGUUUUACAAAAAGUUGAAUACUAAAAUUGACGUGUUGGAUAAAAGCACCGACAGAUGGAAAUUAAUUGAAACUUGUGUGAAAAAUACUCAUUCGAAUCAUCAUAAUGAUUAUUCGAUUAAAAUUAAUGAAAUCUUUGUUGUAAAAAGGUGGGAAGACCGGAAAGGAUUCUUGGGAAAGCUGGGAAACAAAAAACUUUUGUGGCACGGAACGAGACUAAGCAAUGUAGCUUCUAUUCUAGAAAAAGGUUUUGAACUUGAUCCCAAUAUUGCUCACAAAAAUUAUAAUCUGAUGUUUGGAAAAGGCAUUUAUUUUACAAACACGGUAUCUAAAGCCGCUAAUUAUUGCGGCACGGGUACCGCAACUAGAAAUAAGAUAGGAGUUUUGUUUUUGGCUGAAGUAGCCUUAGGUAAAAUGAAAGUGACGUUGGAGGCACUUCCUAACUUAAUACAAUUACCUAAAGAACAUCAUUCUGUAUUUGCAAAAGGUUUGCUGACUCCACAUAGAAAUUUUAAGCAGAAAGUAUUGUAUAAUGUUGAAUUCGCUUAUGGACAGUUACUUGAAAUACCGAGUAGGAACUCAACAUUGAAACAUGAUGAGUUUGUGGUAUAUAAUCCUAAACAAAUUAAGAUAAGAACAAUAAAAAUGUCCACCGACGUCAGCGACAUAGAAAAAUAUUUAAGUUCUUAUCAAGACAACGAUUUAAAGUUUGCAACUCUUUAUGAAAAUCCCAAAACUCAGUGUAAGUACACUCAAACUUUUAUUAAAAAUUCAUCAGACCGAAACAAAUUUUACUACAGAGUCCAAAUACUCUGUAAGAAAAAUACAAAUGAAUUUUUCCUUGAGAAAGACUUUGGUACGCUGGAAGUCCCGAAUAACGUCAAAGAGGUGAACAAUUUACCACUAGAUGUAUGUAUGAAAAUGUACAAAGUAUAUUUACUGAAGAGCAAUGUCGACCUGCAAUUUUCUUGCCUGGAAGCAAAAGAUGAAAUGUAUAAAAAAAGACUGCCGGUUCGAAAUUUGUUAACAACGAUAAUGGACUUGAAGAUGGUGAAAAAAGUUCUGCGGUCUUACUACAUUGACAAGAAAAAAUUAAACAGUUUCAGUUUAUCGCACAUGGGCGAUAUGAUGUCAGUUGAUACAAGGUUCCAAAUGAUCGAAUCUUUGUGGAAGAAAAACAUUUCUUGUCAAUUGAUAGACCGUGAAACUAAUCAGGCGAUAAGUCUUCUUGAUGUUUUUUACAAGCAGUUGCAUACUAAAAUUGAUAUUCUGGACAAAAACACUGAAAGGUGGAAGCUAAUUGAAACUUGUGUAAAAAAUACGCACUCGACACAUCACAGCGAGUACACAAUUAAAGUAAACGAAAUUUUUGUUCUAAAAAGGUGGGAGGACAGUAAAAGAUUCAAGGAUAAUCUAGGAAAUAAAAAACUUUUAUGGCAUGGAACUAGAAUGGAUUAUGUCGCUUCUAUUUUGGAAAGAGGUUUUGAGAUAGAACCCAAUAAUGUAUUGCAGACAACGAUACCAAUGUUUGGAAAAGGAAUUUACUUUACAAACGCGGUGUCAAAAGCUGCCAAUUACUGCAGCAAAGGAUCCAAUACACGAUGUGAGCAAGGAGUUUUGUUCUUGUGUGAAGUCGCUUUGGGCAACAUGGAGAUUACUUUGAAUGCACUACCCAAGUUCGUGGAUCUACCGGAGGGCGUCAAUUCUGUCUUUGGAAAAGGUUUAAUGAGCCCGCAAAAAAAUAUUCAAGAAACUGUCCUGUACAAUGUCCAGCUAGCCUAUGGGAAGCUGCUUGAGAUACCAGGGAUUAAAUCCCAGUUGAUACAUGAUGAAUAUGUUGUGUAUGAUCCGAGACAAGUUAAGAUGCGGUAUUUGGUUUUUAUUGAUUUUGAGGAUAAGGAGUAA